UUGUGUCCCACCUCGUCCCCAAUCCUCGUCUCCUCCUCGUCUCCUCCUCGCCUCCUGCUGCUCGUCCGUGGCUUCGCAUCGGCUGGCUUGAAGCACGCACUACUCCCGACGAUGGACGAGAUGCUGGCUUCGUCCCUUCUGCAUACGGAGCCGCCAUGGAUGAUGAACCACGCCGACGGCCUGCUGACCAGUUUCGUCACCCUGGCGCUGUGCGGCACGGGCCUCGCCGGAUGGCUUCUGUUCGGACGAACCUGGAGACUUGGGCACGUUGCGCCUGCUCCUGGCACCAGUUGUGAUGAAGCAGGGCAAGGUAUACAAGAGCAAGACCGCCUCAUCGAACAGAAUUCCGGUGCCGGGCUGGAGUCAACGGAGGAUCCAUAUGCUUCUCCAACACUCAACGUGAUCCACCCCUGGCUGCUGGAGGUCAAUCUGUUACGCGACCUCCGUCACGAAAACAUCAUCACACUCGUACCUGCUUCCACUCCCGGCAGCGAGUUCGUCUACGAGCACGCGGAGAACGGUACCCUUGAUAAGUGGCUGCACCGCCCCCGCCCACCGCUGAACUGGCCGAUGAGGAGGGCCAUCGCCAUCGGCGUCGCAGGAGGGCUGUCCUACCUGCACAAGCAAUGCAUCGUCCACCACAACAUCAACUCUAGCAACGUAUUGCUUGACCGUGCCUUCAAGCCCAAGAUCGCGGGCUUCGGUCAUGCCCAAAAGAUCAACAUUGCCGGAUCGGACGACGGAGACGAACAACCGCCGCCGACGUUUCAACCUCUUACCGGCAACUUUGGAUACGCGGCUCCAGACUAUGUGACAAUGAUAGGUGAGUUGACCGAGAUGGUUGACGUGUACAGCUUGGGCGUGGUGCUACUGGAGCUAGUAACCGGGCGGGCAGCCGUUGAAUUUGCCAUCACUGACGAUGGAGGCGGAGUCGCUUCUGGUCGCCGUCCAUGGCCACGAGUUUGGCACUUGCCAGCCUGGGCGCAUGAUGUGAUGAACAGAGGAGGUUUCAGCAGCAAUGUGGUUGACAUGGCCAUCCCAAAUAAGGCAUGGUAUAUGAGAGAGAUGGAGGCGGUGUUCAAGCUCGCCGUGGAUUGCACCAUUAGGCAGGCGCACCUGAGGCCGUCCAUGCAGAGGGUUCUCAAACAACUCCGAUACCAUGGCAGCACGUUGUCGUGGAUAAAAAGCCGUCUCAGGUGCUGCCUACUGUGAGUGUCACAAAAAAGGAAGAAAAAGGUGUUCUCCUCCCCGUUGUGUAUCACAUGCUUGGAUCUGUGUUUUCAAUGUAUGAAGUGAUCAUGUGAGCCUUUUCUGAAACCGGCCAAAAUAGGGGUGUGAUAUGUGUAGUUUUGAUGUAAUCGGCAAAAAAAAAAAGUGAUCGGUGUAUGAAGUGAUCAUGGGUUUUCAGUUGUACUGCAGUUUUGUUGUAAACGUAGAAAGAAAAUAAGAAGUACUUGUUG